CACUUCAUUCCUCAAUCAACAAACAAUGAGCGGAAGAAUCUCAAAAGCCUGCGAUCCAUGUCGCGUUCGCAAGGUCAAAUGCAGCGGCUCAGUCCCUUGUUCGCAAUGUGGCCACCUUAACCUUGCAUGCGUCUACUCCGUUGCAACCUCCAAGCGAAGACCUACCGUGCGAGGGCGAUUGGUAGCGCAGAUCCGAGAGGGGACGAGGCCUGACGAUGCAAGGUCCAAUUCGGCUUCUCCACAGACUGAUGAUCCCUCGCCUGUCGCUUAUAAUGCGAUACCGACGAGUAUUGGGUCGGCGUACUCUUCCGACUUUUUUCUCAAUCUGUUGCUCGACUAUGAGCGCGUGGUUUUUCCCGUCAAUCCAAUCAUUCUCCCUUCGGAGAUUGUGGCUGCAAUUGAGGCGAUGGACCAAAGCUUUGAGGACGCUGCGCUUGUGUACGCAUACGCUGCUGUCACUAUCAACCUUACACAAACGUCUUGGGAUUCGGAGGGCGAAGCACCUGUCAGAAUCACAGAGCUUAUGAAUCUGAGCUUCAAAGCGCACAGACAAUCUGAAAUGGGAGUUGGCAUUCUCGGGAGGCUACCAGUGACAGUCAAACGCAUUGUAACAUGCGUAUUCCUGGAGAUUUGUCUCAUGGCGUUUAAGCGAUUCGACCGCAGUUUUGUCAUUCUUCGAGAAGCCAUUGCAAUGAUCCAAAUGCUCGACCUAGAUCGAUACAAAGAUGCUUCACUAACCGACCACGAAUUAGCCACCCGACAACGUCUAUACUGCGAGAUUUCCAUUCACGAACGCUUCCUCACAAUAGUAGCUGGUCAUCCUGCCAUUCUGCCCCCACUCAGUCUGGGCGUUUUGACAACAGACCACGAACUUCCUCCCCACGUCAACCAAGGCUUCAAUCGGCUGAUUGAACUAUUCCACGUCUUGGAUGAUACCUUUUUAGCCCACUGGAGAGCUCAACAAGAUCCGCAGGCUACGGCUCCAGAAAUGACUGCCGCGUGGAUUGAGCAUAAGCAAGCUCAACUUGACCAGGACGAGUUUGAUGCUGCAGAAACUAAUAAUGCUUUGGUGUCGAGCGGUUGGGGUUUGACAGAGCUUCAACACGUUGAUCUGUUCAUCACGCGAUUAUGGAUGAGAAUUCUCGUUUGGCAGCUUGCGUUAUCUCAAGGUCUUUUACAAUCAGCUGUACCGCAAAACUCUCACGAGGGCUUCUCGAUGCACUUCCCCGCACAACGAUUAUCGACUCAACUACGGAACGUGGUCCUUCGAUUGGAGAGGGUUGAGAGUAUUGGUCUCCAUGGAUCUGGGAUUCUGCAGAAGCUGUUUGAGAUAACGAGUACCGUGGCUGAUGUGUUGGCGCUGCCGAUUGGACCUGGAGAGGAACAAGAUGCUGAAGCAAGAGUUGAGGACUUUCUGUUCCUCGUGACGUUUUUGUUGAGUUUUGAUAGGAUUCAUCAGAAUCAGAGGGAGUACUUGAAGGAGAAGUUGAGUGCGCUUCAGAGGGAACAAUCGGGGUUUCAGAAUCUGGCAACAUAUAAUCCGGACGGAUGGUGCGAUCAGCAGCAAUAGCAUACUGCAUACAGUUCAAUGAAGCAAUUAAUAUCAGAUUUUAACAUUGACUAUCAGCA